UGCUGAAAUAAAAUAAAAUAAUGGACUGGGUGUUCCUGUUUAGUAGACGUGGCUACGCAGCACGCGCCCGUCAUGUGUACCUUCUGUCUUUGGUGACGCUGCUCUUAUUUUACCGGGAUUUAGCGGCUCUGUGCGGCUCGCUGGCGACCCCGCGACCAGCACAAUGUCGGCUCCAAGCCCCAGUCCUGGAAGUGCUGCAUCCCCCAUGGGGCCGCCCCAGCAGUCCCUAUCUCCCAUGCCCCCACCCCAGGCCACCUCCCCAGCUGUAGGUCCUCCUCAGGCCCCUUCUCCCAUGGGGCCUCCCCAGGCACCCUCCCCCAUGGGACCUCCAGUCAUGUCCCCUGGCCCUGCCCAGCAAGGGCCUCCUCCUGGACCUGGCAUGUCACCUCAGAGUGGUCCUGGCCCCCACCAUGCCUACCCCCAGGGACCACAGGGAGGACAGGGAUGGCAGCAGCCUCCUGGACCCUACCUCAAUAACUACCAGUCCCAGCCAUCCCAAGGGCAGCAGGGUCCCCCCUCCAUGGGGCCUGGCAGCCACCACCCACCACAGGGCCCACCAGGAGCACCCUCAGGGAGCACCUUGGCACCCCCCAGCAGUGGUGCUGGUGGCCCCAAUGGUCCUAGCCCCAGCGGCGGCUCCUUCCAGCAGGAGAACCUCCACGCCCUGCAGAAGGCCAUCAACACCAUGGAGGACAAGGGCAUGCAGAAUGACCCUCGUUACACUGACUUGGUCAACAUGAGGGCCAAGUAUGGCACCAUCAACAUGGGGCCACCGCCCCCCACAGGCACCACCACAGCUGGGGGUACUCCUGGCCCUUCAGUACCCCCUGGUGGGCCAGCCUAUGGACCCCCUGGUGCUCCUGGAGGACCAGAGGGACAGAGGACAGGUCUUCUGAAUGCCAAUCAGAUGCACCAGCUACGUGCACAGAUCAUGGCAUAUCGCUGCAUUGCUCGCAACCAGCCAGUGCCGCCCCAGGUGACCCAGCUGGCCCAGGGCAGGCGGCCUGAACAGGACCCCAACAGACCCAUGGGACCCACUAUGACUGGACCUGCUGGGCCUCCUUCAGGACCUCCGAGUGGGCCUCCUCCAGGUCCUCCCACUGGCCCCCCCAGUGGACCACCAGCAGGGCCUGCCACUGGACCCCCAUCAGGUCCUCAACCAGGGCCCCCAGCUGGUCCUCCUGGACCUCCAGGGCCCCCAGGACCCCCAGGCCCCACAACCAUGCAAUACCCCAGACACCCAGGUCCUGUACCUGUGGUGAGGCCACCCUACAAUGGCACUGGACCAUCCCAAACCCCACCUCCGCCCGUCAGUGUCAUGAGCUCCCAGCCAGGCACCACAGGACCCCUGCACGGCACCACACCCCGCCCCCAGGUCCCACAAGCCCCAACAGCCACCACUCCAGUGCCUGCUGGAGGGAAGACCAGCCGUGUCACCCCAGUCACCAAGCCUUCAGGAGUGGAUCCUCUCAUUCUGCUGCAGGAGAGAGAAAACAGGUUGGCUGCACGCAUUGCGCAUCGUAUCGACGAGUUGUCAGCACUGCCUGCCACCAUGGCUGACGACCUCAAAGUUAAGGCACAGAUUGAGCUGAGGGCAUUGCGUCUCCUCAACUUCCAGCGGCAGCUGAGGGCAGAGGUGGUGGGCUGCAAUCGCAAGGACACCACACUGGAGACGGCCAUCAACAUCAAGGCGUACAAACGCACCAAGCGUCAGGGACUGCGAGAAGCGCGUAUCACCGAGAAGCUGGAGAAGCAACAGAAACUGGAGGCGGAGCGCAAGAAGCGACAGAAGCACCAGGAGUACCUCAAUGCAGUCCUGCAGCAUGGCCGGGAACUCAAGGAGUUCCACCGGCAAAACACACUCAAGAUCAACAAGCUGAACAAGGCCCUGCUGAUGCACCACAUGAAUGCCGAGCGAGAGAAGCAGAAGGAACAGGAACGCAUCGAGAAGGAGCGGUUACGUCGUCUCAUGCUGGAGGAUGAGGAGGGGUACCGCAAGCUGAUCGACGAGAAGAAGGACAAACGACUGGCCUACCUCCUCACCCAGACUGACGAGUUCAUUGCCAACCUGACAGAGAUGGUGAAGGCACACAAAGAGGACCAACGACUCAAGUACAAGGAGGAGCGCAAGAAAGUGCGUGAGGAGAGAAAGCGAGCACGUGAGGCUGUGUCAGAGGCCGGGGAGGAUGGGGAGAAGAUAAUCCGCAUCCCUGUCAUGGAGUCAGCCACUGGGAACAUCAUGAGUGGCCUGCAGGCACCCACAGCAGAGACCCUGGAGGCCUUCCUUGCCGCCAACCCGGGCUGGGAGGUGCUGCCUGAGGAGGAUUCUUCAGAGUCUUCCGAUGAUGAUGACCACAAGGAGGAGGAGGAGAAGAAGGAAGACGGCGAGAAUGAAUGUAAGGAUGAAUUGAAGAACGAGAAGGAGGUGGUGGGCAACCCGAAGGAGGUAUUGAAAAAGGCCAAGGUGGAGGAUGACGAGUACAAGAAUAUUUCUGGAGAGAAGAAUUACUACUCCAUCGCCCACACGGUGAAGGAGACUGUGACCCAGCAGGCAAGCAUCAUGGUCAACGGCCAGCUCAAGGAGUACCAGGUCAAGGGUCUUGAGUGGCUGGUGUCUCUGUACAACAACAACCUGAAUGGCAUCCUGGCUGACGAGAUGGGGCUGGGCAAGACCAUCCAGACCAUUGCCCUGCUCACCUACCUCAUCGAGCACAAGAAGAACAACGGCCCAUACCUCAUCAUUGUGCCCCUCUCUACCAUCUCCAACUGGGCACUUGAGUUUGAGAAAUGGGCCCCCACUGUACAGAUUGUCACUUACAAAGGGUCGCCACAAGUGCGUCGCAUUGUGCAGAACCAGAUGCGUGCCACCAAGCUGAACGUGCUGCUCACCACCUAUGAAUACAUCAUCAAGGACAAGGCGGUGCUGUCCAAGCUGAGGUGGAAGUACAUGAUCAUUGACGAGGGUCACCGAAUGAAGAACCACCACUGCAAGCUGACCCAGACACUGAACACCUUCUACAACGCUCCACACCGCCUGCUGCUCACCGGCACACCGCUGCAGAACAAGCUGCCAGAGUUGUGGGCUCUCCUCAACUUCCUGCUGCCCUCCAUCUUCAAGUCAUGCUCCACCUUUGAGCAGUGGUUCAACGCUCCCUUUGCCACCACUGGAGAAAAGGUGGAGCUCAACGAGGAGGAGACCAUCUUGAUCAUCCGUCGCCUGCACAAAGUCUUGCGUCCCUUCUUGCUGCGCAGACUGAAGAGGGAGGUGGAGGCACAGCUGCCAGACAAGGUUGAGUACAUCAUCAAGUGUGAGAUGUCUGGGCUGCAGCACGUGCUGUACCGCUCCAUGCAGACCCGCGGCGUGAUGCUGUGUGCUGAGGACAAGAAGGGCCAGAAGAGCAACACAAAGGCACUUAUGAACACCAUCAUGCAGCUGCGAAAGUUGUGUAACCAUCCCUUCAUGUUCCAGCACAUUGAAGAGGCCUACUGCAACCACACUGGCUUUGCAGGAGGCAUUGUGCAGGGGCCUGAUCUGUUCCGUGCAUCAGGCAAGUUUGAGCUGCUGGACCGCAUCCUGCCCAAGCUGUACGCCACAGACCACCGUGUGCUGCUCUUCUGUCAGAUGACCCAGCUCAUGACCAUCAUGGAGGACUACCUCAUGUAUAAAGGAUUCAAGUAUCUCAGACUGGAUGGUAUGACAAAGUCUGAAGACCGUGGGGAGCUGCUGCGUCUCUUCAACACUUCCCGCGAGUACUUCAUCUUCCUGCUGUCAACUCGUGCUGGUGGUCUGGGCCUCAACCUGCAGUCAGCCGACACUGUCAUCAUCUUUGACUCUGAUUGGAACCCCCACCAGGAUCUGCAGGCCCAGGAUCGUGCCCAUCGUAUUGGACAGAAGAAUGAGGUGCGAGUGUUGCGACUGAUGACAGUUAACACAGUGGAGGAGAGAAUCCUUGCUGCUGCACGUUACAAGCUGAACAUGGAUGAGAAGGUUAUCCAGGCUGGUAUGUUUGACCAGAAGUCCACUGGCUCAGACCGACGCCAGUUUCUGCAGGCCAUUCUCUCCAACGACACUGAGGAGGAGGAGGAGGAGGAUGAAGCGCCGGAUGACGAGACUAUCAACCAGAUGAUAGCGCGUGGCGAGGAGGAGUUUGAACAGUUCCAGAAGAUUGAUGAGAUACGGCGGAAGGAGUCAGACCGGGCAAGACUUAUGGCUGAGGAUGAGCUGCCUGAGUGGAUGUUGAAGGAAGAGGAGUCGGAGGAGCUAGAGGAGGAGGAACCAGAAGAGCUGGGUGAUCGACGGGCAAGGUCAAAGAAGGAGGUGGACUACACUGACAGCCUCACUGAGAAGGAGUGGCUGAGAGCUAUUGGGGCAGUUGAGGAUGAUGGGAAGGAGGCAAUGGAAGAUGACGAGGAGGAGGUGGCAGUGACCAAGACAAAGCGUGGCUCCAAGGGCAAACGCAAGCGGCAGGAUGACCUGGACAAUGAUGACGACCCGAAGCCUAAGAAGAGAGGUCGCCCAGCGCGUGAGAAACCAGCACCAAAGAACAAGAGACUCAUUCGGCAGAUGAAGAGACUAAUGGACAUAGUUAUCAAAUACGAGGAUAGUGAUGGCCGUGUGCUGAGUGAGCCGUUCAUGAAGCUACCGUCUCGUAGGGAGUUGCCAGACUACUAUGGGGUCAUUAAGCGACCAAUGGACAUCGUCAAAAUACAGUCUAAAAUUGAAGAGGGUCGGUACGAAGACCUCAACGACCUGGAGAGUGACUUCAUGUUGCUGUGCCGCAAUGCCCAGGAGUACAACGAGGAAGCAUCCAUCAUCUACGAGGACUCUAUUGUCAUGCAGAGCGUCUUCCUCAAUGCUCGGGAACGCAUUGAGACUGAGGCAGACAACUUGCCUGAAGAAGAUUUUGAAGAAGAGGAAGAGGAGGAGGAAGAUGAAGACACACGUCCAAAGAAGAGCAAAAAGAGUAAAGGAGAGAAGGGCAGAGGCCGUAGGAAAAGGGUCAAGUAUGCAGACGACUCAGAUGACGACGAUGAUGACGAUGACUGAGGAAGAGGCGCCUGAAGCAAGAAAAGGACAAAGGUGUAUUUGAUGUGUGACGCUCGGCUUAGCUUAGGCCUCCAGGCUCAGUCAACUUUUGGGGGUCCAUAGAUGAGGUCUUUAAUGGGGCUGUGGUGAGGGUGGUGUAAGGGCAGCAUCCCUCUACCCAGCUGGAGGGUAGCCAAGACCCACCGGUGCUCCUUGCUGGUAAAGUGAACCAAAAUCUGUCGAGGGCAACAAUGGUAGCAUUUAUCAAGUACCAAACUCAUGUUUUCUGUAGGUGCUUCUUCUAGUUGUGGGUUUUACUGGCAAGUUUGUAAUUUUCUUAAACUUGUUUGUCAUAAACAUUGUGUAAUUUAGUAAAAGUUGUGGCAGCAUUGGUUUGAGCUGCCCAGGGAGGAGAGGAGGCACAAACAACAGCAGGUGGUUGGCAGGACUCCCAAGAACUUGCACCUGCUUUGCCAUCACAGAUUUGCACUUGAUUGUUGAGAUGUGCUGUGAAGUGCUGGACUGAUAUAAUUUUACACUGAAGCCUCAUUAGGGUUGGAUCAGGAGGUUUCCAUAUGGGUAGAAAGUAUCGGGUCAAGUGUCAGAGGACGUCCUUACUGGCUGUCUUGAGGCUUGGUGGUGUAGAUAGUGGUGUGACUUUGAAUUUGGAGUUGCAGGGGGUUUUAUUGAUAACUGUAAAGUAAUUGUAAUUCUGUCACAAAACCUUCAAAACAAUGUAUCAUUUGUGGACAAUCUUUGGGGGUAAUGGGCCUGGUUCUAUGUUGGCUGGAUUGGCUUACCACACCUUUUGGCUGCAGAAACAUUAAGCAGGAGGGAAAAGUACUACCUACGCAAUGUCAAAAAUGUAGAAGUGAACUUGCAGCCAAUUUGUUGUGUGCUAAGUUUCAAAUUCAGUUAUACCAUUGUAAUAUUAAAACUGUGGCAGGAUCUCAGAACAACUUGGUUUCUACAAAUGUAAAUGAAACGAGCAACUAUUUACCACAAUACAAUAAAACACUGAUUGUUCUUUAGUGUGUGAAUCUCCAGGAGCAAAUGUCACUUAGUAUUCAGUUAAUUUUAUUAGUGGGAGGGGAGGAGACUAGGGAACAGGGAUGUACUUUUACUAUAUUGAAAGUAAAGAGCUGCCUAUCUCAUUCCAUGAUGUAGUAUGGUGUAUUCUCACUAUAAUGGACUGUACAGCCGAAAAUAUCCCUUUGACAGUGUAGGUGUAAUGAUCCAUGUCAAUAAAUAGUUAAAGACA